CCCUGUACAUGCAGGAACUCUUUCAACAAUCUCUUGUUCCAGGUCUGAAUUAAGUCUGUCUCUAUUUCCAAAGAGAUUCAUCUGGCUGACCUGUUUGUAAGAAAUUGUGCACUGUGUCCCAGAAAUGGCUUUAAUAACCUGUAAUUGCUGCCAUAAGUUCCUGCUCAGUACAGGACCCCAUAGCUGCUCCCAGUGCCCUGUGACAGCUGUACAAUUGUGUAGAAUUUGUCUUCCCUUCCUGUACUUUUCAGCACAUUAAGGCUACAAUUCCCUGCCUUUUGUUCUUUGCUCCCACAGCUUUGAGUUUUGAGUAUUUAAUGUGAUUUUCUUAUCUGCUCAGUCUAUUCCUAAUGGCAUUGCUGCUGCUUUCUCGUGCAUCCGUGUGGGAUGGGAGAACACCUGAGCCCUCCCUGUUUUGGUCUAGAUCCAUCCCAAGUGACAAUUUUACCUGUGGAGAACAGAGGUGAUAAGAGAUGAGAAGGCAGCCCCCAGCCACAGCCCAGUUCCAACAGCCCCACUGCUUUUCUGCUUGCUGGCACCUGGUGGGAUCUGAGAUGAAGCUCUCAGCCAUCUCCUCCUCCCCUCUUGCUGUUUCCCCUCUAAAUGGCCAAGAGAUCUCAGUGCAAAGACAAUGCCCUGGCCCCCAUUUGCAAAUGUUGUGGUGCCUUCUCCUCAGUGUUUCAUUCCAGGUGAUGACAAAGCACCACGUGCUGCUGUGCUGGAGAUCCUUCAGGAUGCUGUCAGGGGACAAACCCCUGCUCAGGGAGCAGGGAAUGGAGCAGGAGCCCCCUCAGUCUACUGUGGCAAAACCAAAGUGUUCCUGGCCACUUCCCUGCUGGAGCUCCUGGAAGCCAGGAGAGCAGAGGUGUUAAAUGAGAAGGCAUUUUGCAUCCAGUGCUGCUGGAGAAGAUUUAAAGAGAAGAAAACAGCAAAGGAGAAACGCUCUGCAACUCUCAUCCAAGCAGCUGUUCGCUCCUGGCUGGCCAAGAGUCGCUUCCAGAGGCUGCGCAGGGCUGCCCGUGCCAUCCAGCGGGGCUGGAGGAGGUGGAAGGCAGAAGCGGCGGCGCUGGCAGCAGCGGAGCUGGACGAGGGGGAAGGAGAGGAGUUCCCAGCCCCUGGAGCUGCCCUGGCCGAAGCUGCCAGAGCCCUGGGCACAGCGUGGCCGCUGCAGGCAGCCGUGCAGUGCUGGCCCCUGGGCCUGGUGCUGGCUGCUGGCCCUGGCAGUGCCAUGGGACGGGCGCUGCCGCUGCUGCGCUGCCUCGGGGCGCUGCGGGAGCGCCCCAGGGCACACCCGGGCUGUGGCAUCGCCUCCAUCAGAGCCCUCCCACAGGGCUCUGUCAGGUUCCACUGCAGGAGGUCCCCCCUGCAUUUUGCCAACGUCAGGCCCCACACAGAGGUGUUCUCCAUCUCGGGACUCAACCAGAUCCUGCUGGACAGACAGGAACUCCUGCCCACAUAGCUCUGCCCCUGGCCUUGGCCUCCAGGAGGGCUCUCUGCAAGCUGCUGCUUCCAAAUCACUCAACAUCCACUUCUGCUGCUACCUCAGAGCUUCCACAGCGCUGCCAUGUACCUACACCGUGAUGAAAUGGGAUAAUACACAUUAUAAUAACAUUAAAUUACAUUUCCUGUAUGUGGGGGCAGCUCCUGCUCCCUGCCACGUUAUAGGAAAUAUCAACACUAUGGGAACAAAUCAAUUCCAACAGAUCAGGUGCUUGAAGCAAUGAAUACUUGAACUGAAUGCUGCUGGCACUGCCUGCAGCAGCCAGAGCGAGAAAAUAAUGCACAUAAAUAUCCCUGAUUCAUCCUGACUGACCACGAGUGUCCCCAAGGUGGGGAGGAGCAGCCAGCUGCAGCCCUAGGGGCAGAUGUCUCAGGGAAAAGCAAGGCUGGGCUCUUGCUUUUAUCUACAGAACCAAAAUUUGUGAGUUCUCACAGGUACCAGGUGUCUGCAGAGCUCCCCAGACAGCAUCACCCUGCCCAGAGGCUCACCAGGAGUGCUCUGAACCCUCCCCUUGUUGCUUGUGGAUCUUGAAAAUGUUCAGCUGCUCUGUGUAUGUCAUUUUAAAUAAACUGCUCAAUGCCUUGUCAAA